UCUCGCUCAGAAGCCUGUUGGCCAAGUGAUGGGAAACAAUCACCGAGAGUGUCUUUUUACGCACAGUGCUCGGACACACCUGACCCGAGUAUCUUUUCGUUUCGUUUGGAAUUCCGUAUGAAUGGAGCUGGAAAGGAGAUGCGUUCAUCACUAAAUAAUAAUAAGUCCGUUAUAAACAGCGUGUAGGCAAAUUGUGGAAUUAUGUCAAUUUCACCAGGAUGUUUGCAGUGGAAGAGGAGCGAAUAACUUUAGCCAAUAUGCGUUUUUGGAUUAUGACUCGUCUCGCCCGACUGUCCUAUGGAAUAUAGCCCAAUAUAUCAGAACCUGCAUGUUGCCUCGUCAUCCCCCGUGAAGAAUAAACUAUUUGUUUUCUGCAUCAUGUUGUCCCUGUGGGUGUAUAUGAUAUAUUGCUGCGUCGGAUACUGUUCAACCAUGCCAAGUCUGAUGGUCAGUACAGCCAGCAGUAAACAUUCACAACAUCUCGAAAAAGUUGACUCUAACAGAACUCAACCCCGACUCCAAAACGAAGGGGACUUGGAAUCCGAACACCAAGAAGACCCGUUAGAUUCUUUAGAUCCGUUAUUCGGCGCAUCAUCCAGGGACUUGUUCAAUAAUGAGAAUGAUUUGGACAGCAGAGGAGGGGAGGACUGGGAUGAGAUUCGAAGCGAGCAGAGGACGUUGGAUAAUAAUGUCGUGUCAAGUCUCUUCAACGAGUCAGGACCGGUGGAGAGUAAGAAGUUGCCCCAGGCGAUUAUCAUCGGGGUGAAGAAGGGAGGCACACGGGCGCUGCUGGAGUUCCUCCGGGUGCAUCCAGACAUCAGAGCUGUUGGGGCCGAGCCGCACUUCUUUGAUCGGAACUAUGACAAGGGACUGGAGUGGUACAGAGACCGUAUGCCUGAGACCCAGGAGGGUCAGAUCACCAUGGAGAAGACCCCCAGCUACUACGUCACUAAAGACGUCCCCGCCCGUAUCCACACCAUGUCCCCAGACACCAAGCUGAUUGUGGUGGUCCGAGACCCCGUUACCAGGGCCAUCUCAGACUACACUCAGACCCGCUCCAAGAAACCUGACAUCCCAUCCUUUGAGAGCCUCGCCUUCAAGAACAGGACUACGGGUCUCAUCGAUACGUCCUGGAGCGCCGUCCAGAUCGGGAUGUAUGCCAAGCACCUACAACGCUGGCUGCAGUACUUCCCCAAGGACCAGCUCCUCUUCAUCAGUGGGGAGAGGUUGAUCUCCGACCCAGCCGAGGAGAUGACACGCAUACAGGACUUCCUGGGGCUCAGGAGGGUGGUCGGUCACAAACACUUUCACUUCAACCCAGCCAAGGGCUUCCCCUGUCUGAAGAGGCCGGAGGGGAAUAGUAAACCUCACUGUCUGGGGAAGACCAAAGGAAGGACUCAUCCUAAUAUUGACCCUGAGGUGGUACAGAGGCUGAGGGAGUUUUAUCAACCUUUCAACAGGAGGUUUUAUCAGAUGACGGGACAUGACUUUGGAUGGGGUUCAUGGAGCUGAGCGACGGAGACAUUGAGUGAAUCCGAAAUGGCACCCUCUUCCCUAUGUAGCGCACUACCCUGGUCAAUAGUAGUACACUAUAUUAUAGGAGAAAAUGGCAUCCUAUUCCCUAUGUUGUGCUCUACCCUGGUCAAUAGUAGUACACUAUAUUAUAGAACAAAAUGGCACACUUUUCCCUAUGUAGCGCACUACCCUGGUCAAUAGUACUGCACUAUAUUAUAGGAUAAAAUGGCACCCUAUUCCCUAUGUAGUACACUACCCCGGUCAAUAGUAGUGCAUUAUUGAGGUUGUUGUACCCUAAUCUGCUCAAAUGUAGUGCACUAUUGAGGUAUUAUGGUGCCCUUUCAGACAGAGAUGUCGUGCUUUUCUUUGAGAGGUUUUUUGGUUGUAAUUGUAACAUUUUGGAGAUAUUGUUAUACUGUGUAUAUAUAAGGCAGCGUGUGUAAAAAGUACAGAAGUCUAUUUUUUGAUAAUUUAUUUCUAGGAUAUUAGGAACUUACUGAGCUGCCUAUCCAUGUUUGUUGAUGAUCAUCACACAUCUUUACAUUCCUGUUUUUAAAAUCUUUGAAGGGCAUUUUGUAAUCUUGAGAUUACCUCAGAAAAAUACAUGUGCAGGAAUUGUGGAAAUGAAAGAAUAACAGCACAAUCCUGUUACGGGUAGCAGCACUCGGCCAGCAGGGUUAGGCUAGAGCUAUUGUUUCCCUUUAUAUACAUGCAAUGACUUUAUAAUGCUGCUUUAGCUCAAUCUCCCUACCUUUACCACGUUGGUUUUUAACAUGGCUGUGCGAAUACCACACCAUCUCAGCAAAAAUGGUUCAAUCACAAAGGUUGGUAGAAUGAGGUUGUACAAAUAUUGUAACGACCAGAGAAUUAGUGUUGGGUCAUUGAACAAGGAGACAUCUCUUUAGCCUCUUCUUUAAAAGAUGUUCAAAACCAGUCAAGGAGUCCAAAACAACCCAUCAUUUACCUCCUGAAGAUCAGCCUGACCUCCAGAGGCCUGUGGGCCCACUUCAUCCACCAGAUCAAUAUAUACAACCCCAGCUGAUCCAGUCAGUCUGCGUCCCAUAUGACUCCCUGCUCCCUUAAUCGUUCACUACUUAUGACCAGGACCCAUGGGGCAUUUAGGGAACAAGGAACCAUUUGGGAUGCCCUCCCAGUGUCACUAUGACAGCUAUAUCAAUACAGUAAUAACUCAUCAUCACAUCAAUUACACGUGAGUGAUGUCACAUUACAGCUGAGUGAUGUCACAGUGCUGUCUGGACUCUCCUGCUAUAAAACAAGGAUCCGUCAAAAGAUUCUUUGGAGUCAACGUAUGUUGGGACCUUGUGACCACUACACAUUAACGUAAUGAUCUGGGUUUUAUGUUCCAGAUUCAAGGCUCUUCUGAAGGGGUAAGCUAUUUAGGAAGCUUUACAUUACUGUCAUAGUCAUUAGCACCCCUCCUAGUUCCUCUGCUUGCCGAAGGCAGUUGACCGACCUAAACAAUCUUUAAAUGUGCUGUCUUUUUGAUGAGAUGCCAUCACCUUUUCAUGUUUGUAAUCCAUACUUUGCUAGCAGUGAGGUUUGCUUGUGUAAUGAUAUGAUGACUCUAUUCUGGGAUGAUGAGCUGACCAUGAUACAGUAUAAUGUUAUCAUCACAGUCCUCUGUAGUCCUGUUAGGUAAAGUUAACAGGACUGCUGUUGGAUCAGAUGUUAUCAUCACAGUCCUCUAUAGUCCUGUUAGGUAAAGUUAAAGGGCUGCUGUUGGAUCAGACCGCAUUUAUUGGGAACUCAAUGGUGCAUUGUUGUGUUAUUGUUGUUGAAAUGGAAAUUCAAAGGCUGCGAUUCAAUCCGAUCGCGCGUUGCAGUGCUCUUGACAUUUAAAAGUAAUGCAGCGUUUACCUUCAAUGUCACCUCUGCGAAAGCGGGAACAUUACCUCUGUGAUAGUGUGCAGCGCUGUAACGAGCCUUGAAUUGAAUCGUGACCAAAGUCUUGCUAUUCAGGGCUCACAAUUCCUUUCUCCUAAGUCUGUGUAUGGGUGAUUUUAUUCAUCCCUAUACAGAGAGAUACGUCAAUGACAAUGUUUCUACCCAUCAAAUAUGAUGAUAAUGUAUUGAUAAAAAUCUGUGUACAUACAUGAACAAAUCCACUAUUUUGCUGUAUAGUUUCCAUUUUACAAAGACGUAAAUGAGGCCAUUGUGAGUAAAA